AAACUAGAUUAGUAUGUGCUGUCCUGUGCACCAGGUCUUGAGACAGCGUUCAGAUUAAUAUCAUCCGCUCGCUCCUGUGUUUGAGGUCUCUCUCUUCCUGCUCUUUUGAUUCCCUUUGCGAAUUCUUACACCCAGCAGUUCCGACCUGACUUUCCGCACACGGUGUUCUGUUCUCUCUCACCCUCCUCCACGGGAUGGUUUCUUGGUUUCUUCUUCGUUCACUGACAGCGGUGCCUGCCAGCAGGGGCCCCGCAGCGAACAGUCAACCUGGAGUUGACGCUGCACAUUCAGGAAUGCCAUUCUCAUCGUAGGUCUGACAACAGUCACAAUGGAGGCCAGCAAGCAGAUUCGAGUGUCUCGGCCAUACAAAAUCAGCGAGUCUUCAAAGGUGUACCACUGGCCUGGCCACUCCACCACGGUGCUGCAGCGGCUGAACGAGCAGCGGCUGCAUGGCCUCUUCUGUGAUGUGGUCCUCGUGGUCGAAGAGCAGCAAGUGCCGGCUCACCGCAACCUUCUGGCCGUGUGCAGCGACUACUUCAACUCUAUGUUCACACUGGGCAUGCGCGAAGCUUUCCAGAAGGAGGUGGAGCUGGUGGGCACCUCCUACGUGGGGCUCAAGGCUGUGGUGGAUUUCCUCUACAGCAGCGAGCUGGAGCUAGACGGCAGCAACAUCGACUACAUCCUGGAGACCGCGCACUUGCUGCAGAUCUGGACAGUAGUGGACUUCUGCUGCGAGUACCUGGAGCAGGAAGUGAGCGAGGACAACUAUCUAUACCUGCAGGAGCUGGCGUCCAUCUACAGCCUCAAGCGACUCGAUGCCUUCAUUGAUAGCUUUGUACUGAACCACUUCAGCACGCUGUCCUUCACGCCUGACUUCCUGCAAACCGUCUCUGUGCAGAAGCUGUGUAUCUACCUGAGCAGUGGCCAGGUACAGCACACGUGGGAAUACGACCUGCUGCAGGCGGCUCUACAGUGGCUCACGCAGCAGCCGGAGCGCGAGGUGCACACCUGUCGCGUGCUGGAGAACAUCCGCUUCCCACUCUUCCCCGAGGACAUCCUGCUACAGCGGGUGAAGCUGGCCAUGUGCUCGCUGCUGCCCAAUGAGGCCAACGGCGAGGGCUUUGUGGAGGAGGCCAUGCACUACCACAACAGCCUGGUGGCCCAGCCAGUCCUGCAGACGAAGCGAACGCUCCUGCGUUCGGAGGAGUGCUUGCUCUUCGUGGGUGGUGAGGUCUCUGAGCGGUGUCUGGAGCUGAGCGAUGACACCUGCUACCUGGACACCAAGAACGAGCAGUGGGUGAAGGAGACAUCCCUACCGGCCCGCCGGAGCCACCACUGCGUUGCUGUGCUGGGGGGCUUCAUCUUCGUGGCUGGUGGCAGCUUCUCGAGAGACAACGGAGGGAAUGCGGCCUCCAGCCUUCUUUAUAGGUAUGACCCCCGCCGUAAACAGUGGAUCAAGGUGGCGUCCAUGAACCAGCGCCGUGUGGAUUUCUACCUAGCCUCCAUCGAAGACAUGCUGGUGGCUGUCGGGGGCCGGAACGAGAACGGAGCCCUGUCUUCUGUAGAGACCUACAGCCCCAAGACCAACUCCUGGACCUAUGUGGCUGGCUUGCCAAGGUUCACCUAUGGCCACGCAGGCACCAUCUACAAAGACUUUGUGUACAUCUCAGGGGGCCAUGACUACCAGAUUGGCCCGUACAGAAAGAACCUGCUGUGCUACGACCACCGGACCGAUGUGUGGGAGGAGAGGCGGCCCAUGACAACAGCUCGGGGCUGGCACAGCAUGUGCAGCCUGGGUGACAGCAUCUAUUCCAUCGGGGGCAGCGACGACCACAUGGAGUCCAUGGAGCGCUUUGACGUGCUGGGCGUGGAAGCCUACAGCCCACAGUGCAACCAAUGGACUCGCGUGGCGCCGCUGCUGCAGGCCAACAGUGAGUCAGGCGUGGCCGUGUGGCAGGGCCGCAUCUAUAUCCUGGGGGGCUACAGCUGGGAGAGCACGGCCUUCUCCAGGGCUGUGCAAGUGUAUGACCGUGAGGCCAACAGGUGGAGCCGGGGGCCCGAUCUCCCCAACGCCAUUGCAGGGGUGUCAGCCUGUGUGUGCGCCCUCAACCCCAGGCUGGAGGAAAAGAAGAAGAAGAACAAAGACAAACGCCAGGACCGAGGUCAGUGACCGACCCGAGGCACUCACAGAGGCGGCCAUCUCCACGGCAGUCACCCCCAGCAGCUUUUGUACCCUUUUUUCAUAACUGGUCUUUCUAUGCUACCACGGUCAAUAACAAUUAAAUGUUCUUCACAGUUUCA